UCUCCAUGGAGAUAGAAAGACAAUACCAUACUGUGGAACAUUCCAGACCAACAUCUCCGUGGAGAAAAGCAUCUGACGGACCCUCCACCAGAAAAGUUACACAAUGCACCUCUAAAGAAAUAAUUUUUCAGAGCUCGGACGGAUCUGAAUUCACCCUCCAAGGGCCGGCAGGGGGCGAUGACGUCACGGGGCUGUCGGCGGAACCGGCCCACUACCAAAUACUGGCUGAGCUUGGGAGGGGCUUUAAUAACCUGAGCCUGGUGCACAUGGGCAGACACAUCCCCACGGGGCAGUUAGUGGCUUUAAAACAAACCAACCUGGACGAGUGCACAGAAGAGGAGCUGCUACAACUUAUGAAUGAAGUUUUGCUGUCUCGACUUUUUCGCCAUCCAAACCUUCUCACGUCUCGCCUCGUCUUCAGCUCCUCGUGUCAGCUCUGGGUCCUCUCCCCGCUCAUGUCCUACGGCUCUGCAGACUCUUUGCUGAGAACCUAUUUCCCUGAUGGUAUGAGCGAGUCUUUAAUCGCAUAUCUGCUGUUUGGAGUGCUCAAGGCUCUGGAAUACCUCCACAAAAUGGGCUACGUUCACCGGGGGGUUAAAGCCAGUCACAUCCUGCUGUCUGGAGAGGGCCGUGUGUACCUCUCCGGUCUGCACAGUGCCUACAGUAUGAUGAGGGAGGGCAAAAGGCAGAGGGUGGUCUACGAUAUGCCCCACCACAGCCCCGCACUACUGCCCUGGCUCAGUCCGGAGCUACUCAGACAGGACUUGCACGGUUAUGGAGUGAAGUCAGACAUCUACAGUUUGGGGAUUGUUGCCUGUGAACUGGUCAGUGGAAGGGUGCCUUUUCAAGACAUGCCGCCAACUCAGGUAUUUCAUGAACAAUACUUUAAUUUUCUAAAACAUAACUCAGCAUGUUUCAUCUGUACUAUAGGCCUACUGCAUCUUUGACAAAAUGAGGCAUAAACAACCAAAAAGAGCAGUU